AUGGUGGUGCAUUUCGCGGACAACUCACCUCCCUUUUAUUUCUACCCGUUCUCACGUGACAUUGUUGACAAGUCCGACCCGUUCGAUUCCAAAUUGACCAAACAUUGGCCGGCCGAGUCCCCAGUUGGCACAUUUAUGGGCUGGAAUCUGCACCAGACUAAACUCUUUCGAGACAACAAUCUUCCACUGUUGCGUGUAAAGCUGUUGAAGAAGUUCCGGUGCUCUAUCGAGGACGUUUACAAAGUUACAUGCAGUCAACCAAAAGCCUGUCGACCGACACUAGCAGUGCCGAAGAACUGGGGGUUAAAUCAGCGCUACGACGUCACGUUGCAGGUCCUCCAAGUGUUCGAUCAAGCCACGCAUCUCAUUGUCGACAACAUCCCAGGCCCUAUAAACCUGCGAUACUUGUGCGUUGCCCGAAAAACGCAAUGGGAAUUGAAAGGCGGUAAACGGAAAAUGUGCUUGAGCAUGGUGACCGUGGACUCGGAGGACAAUCAACGUAGCCGGGCUGCAUCCCCCUCUACAAACGAGUGGGCGGUCUAUGAAAAUGAGGCAGACGCAGCGGACGUACCGAUUCAAUGGACCCAAUUCGUGAUCCGCUGGGAGCAAGUAGCUCUUCCUUCGAACGUGUUUCUCGAGUAG